AUGCUGAUGGCAAGAUUGACAGAACAUUUUGAACGUCUAGAAGCGUGUACUGCCAAUAUUUCCGAAAUUGUUAUCAUUUAUCAGUCAGGCAUCAUGGCGGAACUAUCGAUACCACUAAGCGACGAAUCGGUUGGCGAGCGUGAGUUUUUAACCCUUUUGAUAACUUUAUAUCGUGAUCAUCCUGAACUGUGGAAAUUGAGAUCAACAGAUUUUUUCAAUAAGAAUAAAAAAGCUAAAGCACUUCAAACAAUUUUGGACACUUUAAAGCCGUACAAAUCUGAUAUUACAGUAGAGAAAUUGAAACAAAAAAUAAAAAUAUUGUACACUAAUUUUAACAAAUGCUACAAGGCAAUUGAAAAUAAGAAACGGUCAGGUGUACUAGUGGACGAUAUUCUAGAUCCAACGUAUGAUAUUACAACGAACUGCUGUGUAUCAAGGACCAGGUCGAUAGCAGUAACUCAAACUUCCGAAGUGGGUAAACAUCAAAUGUUUACUUAUUUACUUAUGUGUAUUUUGACAUGAAAUUUGGUGAAAGAUAUGAUUGAUACUAUUGAAAUCGUAAUUUUAUAAUUAUACUUACGACCUAGAUAAUUAUUUUACUAAUAAAACUGGUACGAUAAACAAUCCACGAGGUGGAACAUUCGAUUUUGAUUGGCUGUCGUUGUUUUGCUGCGAUAAGUUUUAUUUAUGACAUGACAUAGUUGGAUUAUUGAGUGUUUUUGUAAUUAUUGUUUUUCUAAUAUUGUAUUUCGAAAUAGAAAUUUUAUUAUUUUGGUAUUUAUAUUAUUAUUAUUAAAUUGUUAAAAUGUUAAGUGUUAG